CACCCCCGCCCCCGCCCCUCCUCUUGGCCCUGGGCCUCUCCCGCGCCCAGCCCCCCCCCUGGACUGAGCCCCCAGCCGAGCCCUCCUCCUCUCCAGACGGCGCCGACAGCCUGUGGGAGCUGCAGCUGUGUCAGUAGCCGGGGGAGAGAGAGAGAGAGAGAGAGAGAGAGAGAGAGAGAGAGAGAGAGGCCCCCGCCGUACCCCUAUCUCUCUGAUCGCACCCCUGUACCCACAUCCCCAUCCCUGCGCUCCCUCCACAUCCCCGGCAUGUCGGCCCUGGAGUGGUACGCGCACAAGUCUCUGGGCGACGGCAUCUUUUGGAUCCAGGAGCGCUUCUUCGAGUCCGGCAACCGCGCCAACAUCUGGCUGGUGCGCGGCACGGAGCAGGACGUGGUGAUCGAUACCGGGCUGGGGCUUCGAAGCCUGCCCGAGUACCUGUACUCGGCCGGCCUCCUGCAGGACCCGGACAAAGGGGAGGACUUGGUGCGGCGGCCGCUGCUGGCCGUGGCCACCCAUGUCCACUUCGACCACGCUGGCGGGCUCUACCAGUUUGACCAGGUAGCCGUGCACCGGGCCGAGGCGGACGCCCUGGCCCGCGGGGACAACUUUGAGACUGCGACCUGGCUGUCGGAGAGCGAGGUGGUGCGGGCUCCCAGCCCCGGCUGGAACGCCAGGCAGUUUCGAGUGCAAGCGGUGCAGCCCACCCACAUCCUGCAGGAGGGGGAUGUGAUCAGCCUUGGUGACAGACAGCUCACUGUUAUGCACAUGCCUGGUCACUCCAGAGGAAGCAUUUGCUUACUCGACAAAGAUCGGAAGAUUCUAUUCAGUGGAGAUGUUGUAUAUGAUGGAGCAAUGAUUGACUGGCUUCCAUACAGCCGAAUAAAUGAUUAUAUUGUCACCUGUGAGCGUCUGAUAGAAUUGGUGGACAGUGGUGUGGUAGAGAAGGUGCUUCCUGGGCACUUCAACACUUUUGGAGCAGAAAGGCUUUAUCGCUUGGCUUCCAACUAUAUUUCAAAAGCUGGGUUGUGUCACAAAGUUUCAACCUGUGCCAUGAGAUCUCUUGCAAGUUUAGCUCUGCGUGUAACCACCUCUAGGACCCCAUCCUAGUUUGGAUGUAUUGGUUUAUCAUGUAAUUGAUACUUUUAAAACCAAGCAGUUUUGUGGUUAAAAUAAUUGAUUGUGAUCAUUUCAAGAAGUGCUUUCUCAAUAUUAAGGGGAAGGGAGGGGGGAGAGAUUUGAAAAGGAAUAAGCCAAAAGAGGGAGAUUUCUUAUUUUAACUUAUUUACUUUCCACCAAAUAAUUAUAAUAAGCCUCUGAAAGAAGCUAAUAGCUUGCCAAAGCUGUUGCCUUUUAAAUGUUUGUGGGUUUUGUUUUGUUUUGUUUUGUUUUGUUUUGUUUUGUUUUGUUUUGUUUUUGGUCAUUGAAACUGUGGGGUGGUUGCAUGGGGAAGGUAUUUUGGAGAACAGGAAAGAAGAGUUAUCCAUUCCUGCCUUUGGAAACUCUCAUUUUAUUUCUUACGUGUAUUAAAAUAACUUUUGGGUUUUUUUGUGCCCCAACCUUUAUGUUUUCAGUAUUACAUUUAAAUUGAGAGAUGAAAUUUCUUCAAUUUAAAACCUAUUUGAACUCAAUGUGAAACAUAUUAUAUAGCUAUUUAUAUGACAGCUGAAACAUUUCACUACUGUAGGGACUGGAUUCAUGUGUGCCAUGAUUUAUUUAUUCUUUGUGUAACUUAUUAAUGAAAUAGUCACUGUCUAUGAUGUGUUUAUUUUAUUUAUUUAAAAAAAUAGUAAAGUGCACUUGGGGUUGAUGCAAUGCUUUAUAAAACAAAUACUUCAGUAAAAAAGACUGAAAAUAUAUUGUUAUAAUUGAAGUGUUAUAUUUUGCAAAUAGUGAAAUUUUAAGUGUGCAUAUUUAAAUGCAAGUGUUUAGAUUUCUUGAAAGGACACUGUCAGGUAUACUUAAAAAUAUGUGAUUUGAAAUAAUUUCCUUCACUUCCUUCUGGUCUGGAAGGAAAAGUUAAAAAAUUGAUCUUGGAACAUUCUGUCUUUGGGAAACACUUCAUGUGAAAUCUUGGAACUCUUUUUUUUUUUAAUGUGUAAUCUUGAAAAAAAACCCACAGGUAUUUUACUUGGUCCUUUGUCAUAUGGUGCAUUAAAGGGCUCAUCAAAUUAAUCUCAAUGUGUAAAUCAGAUAUUAAUCUUUUCCUGAUUCACAGAACUGAUUCUUGUCUGAUGGGUUUUAAAUCACCUACAACCUUUGGUUGAAAUGGAAAGAUCACAUUUGCACAGUUUAAACAAAAGCUAGACUAGUAUUUAGUGAUGCAUUUUGGUGUGUGUGUGUGUGUGUGUGUGUGUGUGUGUGUGUGUGUGUGUGUGUUACUUUGGAGAAACUUAAAAGAGUUUUGUAAACUCUCAUUACUGCUUUUCUAGUACUCGAAUUCCUGAAUUCAAACUGGGACAGUUACAUGAAACUAAAUUUUAGCAGUGAUGGACUAGAGUUUCUGAAACAGUGUGAAACUCUCUUUCCCCAAAAAUUCUCCAUAUUCAUUCAUUUAAACAGAAUUUAACCAUCGAUCAUAAGUACAACAUUAUGCCAGGAACCAUGGGGAAAUUAUAACAGGAGUUAAAAUGGGGUUUCAGCCCUCACAGAACUCAUGGCUAAGCUAGAGCAAACAUAUGAGAGAGCGGGAUAGCAAUGCAAAGUAAGAAUAACAAACAACAAAAAAAGGUAGUGUACAUGAGUACUGAGAAACAGAACAAAUAAGUGAUGUUUAUAUGAUGAUUAACUAAAGAAAGCUCAUGAGAAGAGAUGAAUAAUGAGCCAGAUUUUGAAGGAAGGGAUGGUUGUAGAUUGGCAAAUUACUUCUUUACAUCAAACAUCCCUUAUGCUGAUUAAAUAGGUUUAAUAGAAGAUUUUCAGUAUGUGCAGUAUUCAUGGUUCUUGGGGGAGUAACAAGAGGCAGCAAUACUGCUUUAUGUAAGAGCCUAUAAAAAUGAAUAUCUUUUCUAUCCUGUUUUCUUGUAGCCAUAUGAGUAAUUGAAGACAAGGAAAGUAGGGGGUUCAAGGCUGUAUAAAACUCAUUGUGGUUUUUGUGUUCUCACUAACCACUCACACAGAGCCAUAAUGCUCAUCAUCUGGAAUCAAAGAAACCAGACAGUUGUUUGAGUACAUAUAAAUAAAGAUUGUGUCUGUGCUGUGUGAUCUCUUGCAAGGUCAGUUCUCUGUGUAACAAGUAUCAUGUCCUAAUCUAAAUUGAUCUUGUAAUUGAAUCUAUCAAUUAAAACUAAUUAAUUUUGUAGGCUUUAAAAAUAACUCAGUGUCAUCAAAAAAAGUUUUCAUAUAAAAAAGUGAAGAUAAAAUUGGGUAUUUCUUAGAAUGAUCACUUUUUAAGAUUGGAUUUUGAAGUUUAUAUGUGAAUAUUAAGAAUUUCGGGGGCAGCUAGGUGGCACAGUGGAUAAAGCACUGGCCCUGGAUUCAGGAGUACCUGAGUUCAAAUCCGGCCUCAGACACUUGACACUUAGUAGCUGUAUGACCCUGGGCAAGUCACUUAACCCCCACUGCUCCGCCAAAAAAAAAAAAGAAUUUCAGUAUUAUAUUGAGAAUUAUUGUGGUAGUAUCUGUGAAGCCAUGAGCAAAAUUACUAAAUGGCUUUAGAGAGAGCCAUUAUUUUUACACUGGUUAUAAAAAAGUAAGCUCUAAACCCUUAAAUCACUGAAGACCCUAUUAGCUAUUAGGGUUUUAUAUCAUUUUCUCUUGAAGAAAUAAAGGUUUUAGGUUUACACUUGUAAUGAAAAUAUCCAAAAUUCAUUAGGGAAUGGGGUGCUUAUUUGGUAGAUGAAUAAGGUUUCAAAACAUUUAAACUGAUGUAUGUUAAACUACAUUACUCAAGAUUGUAUUACUGUACUACUGUUGAAACUUGUGAAAAGUCUGGCUUGGUAGAACAAAUUUAACAAAGUGUAUUUUUACUCUCCAUGAUAUGGGAUGUGCCAAGACUAAAACAAAUGAAAAAACCCUAAGCAUUUUCCCAAUAUAUGUACAUUUGUAAUAUGUAUAUUUUCACCCUGACAGUGACCCUUUAAUAUUAACAUACUUUAUUACUUUAAAAAAAGUUAAAUUGUAAGUUGUAAAAAUUGAAAAUAUUUAGAAAUCAUUUUUAUUCUUUAAAUUGGUAGUGCUGUGUCUUUGGUAAUCCAGUUUCCUUACUGACUUUCCAUGUUAAAAAAAAAAGGGAAAGAAACUUUGAUCUCUUUUCCAUCAACUGUAAACUAUACAUAAUUGAUGUUAAAGCAAAAAUGUUUAAGCGUCUUUGUUCUUGGAUAUAAUCUGAAUGUAAUAUUCUCAAACUGUCUGCUUGUAGUUUUCAGAUGAGUGUAAAUUUAAAACAUAUAAUAAAUAUUUAAAGGGAUACAGUAUUUCCUUGAAAUUCAAUGAGUGAUUCUAUGCUUGAUAUUUUUUAAAA